GAGUGCGGGAUCUGUCACCAGACCAAAGAUCAGCAUCAGUUGGCGUUGUGUGACUCGUGUCACCUCUAUUACCACCUCUACUGUCUGGACCCACCGCUCACUCGAAUGCCCAAAAAGACCCGAUUUGGCGGAUGGCAGUGCUCUGACUGCACUGAACAACAAGACGAGACACAAGACAGUGAUAACAACGACAACAAUGACGACAGCAAUGAUUCCGCCCCGAAGAACGCUCCCCGAAGACUACGAGAACACGUGAAGGGACCCAAUAAGUACGAUCCCGAGGGUUACUCUCCUCCCCCUUCCAGCCUAUCAUUUGCCUCCAAAUUAGGCAAAAGAAAAUUGGGUUCAAAUUCGGGCAAAAAGAAGAAAAAGAAACCAAAAACAGAGGAUAAAAGUGACGAGACAUCAGAGACCAGAACUAAAACCAUUCGAAAGCCUCUGAAAGCAAAGAGAGUUCCCGAGAAAGAAGAAGAAGUUUGCUUUAAUUGCAAUCAAAUGGCGUCUAUUAAAGAGCGAGUUCUAUGCGAUAAUUGUCAUAAUAAUUACCAUUUGAGUUGUUUGGAUCCACCCAUGAAGAAGACACCCAAACAACGAGGUUAUACGUGGUUUUGCCACAACUGCGACCAAUCGGACGAAGAAGAAGAAGAGGAGGAGGAAGAAGACGACGAUGAAGAUGAAGACGGAGAUAACGAUAAUGGAGAGGACGCCGAUCAGGAAGAGGAAGAUAAAGAUUAAAUAAAUACAUUUUAUAUUGCAAUUAAUACAAUGUGCUAAACAUUAUAACAAUUUUCCUUAAAACACUUAAAUGUCUGCUAAUUAAGCAAAUAAUUGCCUUUUUGUAUACCAUAUCCACAAAUCAAUUCAUAAAAUGUCAAAAUUGUAGUUUUGAUUACUAUUAAUA